GCCGCCGCGGCUAGCGAUUUUGCCUCAGCAGCGCGCCGCGGCCUCAACCGGGAGCCGGAAGCACGCCACGGAGAGGCUGGCGGCGAGGGUGUCGUCGGCGGCGCUGAUGGUAGCGUGGUGGCGGACGAAGGCGGUGUCCCGCGCGCGCAGGGCGUGGGCCGCCGUCGCCGGGCGGCUCCGCGCGCGGAAGCCCGUCAGCGGUGGCAUCCUGAAGCUCCACGAGGACGUGCAGACCUGCGGGUACAAGGACGUCCAGGUCAUGUUCGACAUGCUCACCUCGGAGCUCGAGGCGGCGUCUCACGCCCGGAAGCAGCCGCCGUCGCCGCACAAACCAGCGGCGCCGAGGCCGGUCGCCGCGGCGGCGCAGUAGUGCGUGGCAAGCAGAAAUGAAUUUGUCGAUCGAGUGUCAGCAGUCUAUUACAGUCUUUCAUACCAGGCGUCCUCCCCCUGCCCUUCUUCCGGAAUAAAGAGCGAAAAAAAUUGCAGCAAGAACAAUCAGAGGAAGAGAGAGAUCAAGCUCCCAAACAUCAUGUUUUGAGGUGUGUAGAUAGAGGGUGAUAUGUACCAGUGCUGGAACCCAAAAAAUUUCGCCAGUUGGGAGGAAGAAGGAGCAAGAGGGGUUGCUUUCAAUUUUCAGGUGUAUUUUCAUUUUGUUUUCACAUGCUGCGGAAGAGAGCUCUAUUUUACAGAGCAUUAGUAAUCUAGUAGUAUGAGUUACUGAGAUUUACUUUUAC